AUGGCUCCCGUCGGCUCUCGCCAGCGCUCGAGGAGUCGCAGCCGCUCGCGGGGCCGAGGGUCGGAAAAGAGAAGGAAGAAGAGCAGCAAGGACGCCCGGGGGAGCUUUUCGGCUUCUAGGUCCCACGGCCGCAAGGCCAGCACCACCUCCUCGGGGGCGGAGGCCUCACCUUCUCCCCGCAUCACAGAGAGAAGCAAACACCAGGCCCGGAGGAGACGGCGUUCCAGCUCCUCCUCCUCCUCCUCUUCCAGUUCUUCCAGCUCCUCGUCCUCCUCGUCCUCCUCCUCUUCCUCCAGCCACGGCCGGAAGAAGUGGGGGAAGCACAAGGACAAGAAGAGGAAGAAGAAGAAGAGGAGGAAGAAGAAGCUGAAGAAGAAAGGCAAGGAGAAGGCGGAGGCGCCGCCGCCUGAGGCUCUACCAGGCCCCUCGCUGGACCAGUGGCACCGACCUGCCGGGGAGGAGGAGGACGGCCCAGUGCUGACGGAUGAGCAGAAAUCGCGCAUCCGGGCCAUGAAGCCCAUGACCAAGGAGGAGUGGGACGCGCGGCAGAGCGUCAUCCGCAAGGUGGUGGACCCGGAGACCGGCCGCACCAGGCUCAUUAAGGGAGAUGGCGAGGUCUUAGAGGAAAUCGUAACCAAGGAACGGCACCGGGAGAUCAACAAGCAAGCCACCCGAGGGGACGGCCUGGCCUUCCAGAUGCGAGCGGGGCUGUUGCCCUGAGGGCCAGCUGACCAAGGUCUGUGGGCGGUGUUGGUGGCCUGACGGGGUGGGCAGCAGGAGGCCACAUGGGUGCUGUCUGUCCUCUCCUGUGGACCGGCCUCUGCUCUCAGAUGCAGGGAUGGAGGACGGGGUCACUGUUCUACUCAGCCCCCUCCUGAAAGAGCACAGCUCCCCGGUAUUAAACGUCCCCUGGCUGA